AAUAGAAUAAAAUAACAGAAGAAAAAGUCUCCAUGGGUAUCUGCAUAUCCUCUGAAUCUUCAGCGAUUCAUGGAGCGCCCGAAGAAGCUCGUGAUGAAAAUGUGUUAGUGUUUGAAGCAACCAAGCUUCUAAGGGGACUUUCCUCUGCUUACUCUAAACAAGGUACCAAAGGGCUCAACCAAGAUGCUGCAACACUUUGUCAGGUUUAUGGGACGACAAACGCAGCAUUCUGUGGAGUUUUUGAUGGGCAUGGAAGGAAUGGUCACAUAGUGAGCAAAAUAGUGAACAGCCGUUUGUGUUCAUUCAUAGUGGACCAAAAAAAAGUGCAUGCAAAGAUUGAAAAGAAGAUCAUGGUAAGGCAUGCGGAGACAGUUGAAGACGACUCACAAGCUCUACUAAACAAGAAUUUUCAAGAAUGGAAAGAAGCCAUUGUUGAUGGUUUCAGGGUGAUGGACAAGGAGGUGAAGCUACAAGAGAAUCUGGACUGCUCUUGCAGUGGAACUACGGCUGUAGUUGUCAUAAGACAGGGUGAAGAUCUUGUCAUAGCAAACCUUGGUGACUCGAGAGCAAUCUUGGGGACAAUCUCUGACGGUGAAAUCAUGGCCAUUCAAUUGACCACGGAUAUGAAACCUGGAUUACCAUGCGAAGCAGCACGAAUAAAAAGUUGCAAUGGCCGUGUAUUUGCCCUGAAGGAAGAACCACACAUCCAGCGAGUGUGGUUACCAGAUGAGAACUCUCCAGGUCUGGCCAUGUCUAGGGCUUUUGGAGAUUUCAUGCUCAAAGACCACGGCAUCAUUGCCAUCCCUGACAUUUCGCAUCGCACUCUAACAUCCAGCGACCAAUUUAUUGUUCUUGCAAGUGAUGGGGUGUGGGAUGUGCUAAGCAACGAGGAGGUUUCCUCAAUUGUGUGGGAAGCAGACACUGAAAAUGAAGCAGCAAGGGCUGUUGUGGAAGCAGCAGCUUUAGCAUGGAAAAGCAAGUAUCCUUCUUCUAAGUUAGAUGACUGCACUGCCGUUUGCCUCUUCCUACAGAAGAAGCCACAGUUUCUACCCGUCAAAGGUGGAAAUCCCUCAUAAGGCCCUUUUUUCUUGGUAACAAAGUUGCCAUGUGAACGUGAAAUUAUAGCUCCUUACAUCACAUGGCGCCUCGCAUGUCAUGUUGGGAAUUUACAUGGAACGCUGAUAAGAAGAUGUACUGCUUCUGUUAUUCUCAGUUAGCAUCCUCUAGUUUCUCCUUUUUACUUUAUAAAUCUCCAUGUAUCUCCUAUAAUGUAAUCUUCUACUCCACUUCACACCAAGUUAAUGUCUUCGUACCUAUUAAAUUUUGAUGAGUAGUGUAAUCGGAUGAUAAUUAACAAGGCUAA